UGACGAACAGCGACAAAGAGAUCAAGCAUCAACAUUUAUUGCUGGACCUAUUCCCCGGAAGCGUUCAGUGGAUUAAAGAAACUGGAACCGUUGUGUAUAUUUUAGAAUUCCGGAGAGGACCCAUUGGGAAGGUUGCUGUAUCUUCUUAGUAAUGUUCUAGCGUGGAUUAUCGGCCGCUUGAGCUGCGAGCGGCUUUCAGCAGAAGAAAUGACACCACAACAAAUCAUGCAGCAGACAAGCAACAAUUUGUGCCAUUUCGUUCUCGCAAUUGGUUCACUUUCGAUAAAAGUGGUUAAUAAUGGAACAAGUGAUGUGAUAAUUCUUUAAGUUUGGGAGCAGUAAAUAAAAAGAAAAUUGAGGAGAAUAUCUUAUUUUGGACCCAAUUUCAAGAGGGAAAGGGGAGGAUUUUCAUUUUUAUUAGAUUCUUUCAAUGACAAAAGGUGAUACAUGGAAAAUAUGUGCUCUAUCAUAGUCCGCUGUUUGGUGUUGAUGAUCACGGAGUUAUUCCCGUUAAUGUGUGGGGAGGCAACCCAAGCGUCGAUAUUUUUGAUAAUGCCCGACAGAGCCAGACUAAACAAAAAUCUAAAGAGCGCAUUCUCUGAAGCUUUUUACACAAUGGGGCUACGAGAAUUUAAGAGGUCUCAGCAAUAUUCAGACUAUAUUUUGAAGCAAAAUAAUAUCAUCAUAGACAAACAAAAUCCACAGGAAAUUCUGGAUUUAUUUUGUCAUACUAUUUUUAAAUCACACGUAAAUACUAUUCUAUAUUUUCAAUUACACCCUACAAAGGAUCCUACACCAAACUAUAUCAUCAAUAUGGCGGAAUACUUUAAAAUACCAGUCAUUUCCUGGGAUUCGGAAUUUCCUGGUGCUUUACAGAACAAACAAGAUUCUACAGUUCUUCAAAUGGCUCCUACGAUAUAUCAUCAAAGUAUUUUGAUGAUUGAUAUUUUGAAGAAGUUUAAUUGGACGAAUUUCGCAGUAGUCACCACGACGACAUUUCAUUAUUUAGAAUUUACCGGAUCCAUUGACCAUCUUGUGAAGGAGCACAAUAAAAAAGUCAAAUUUGACAGAAAACUCAGAUUCAAUCUUCUUUCAUCUGUAGUAGUACAUCUCCUGCCAUCGGACAACGACACUACGAUUAAACACAAGUCAAAAGAGGCCUUAUUGAGAGACAAUAAACUAAAAAAUAGAGUUUUUCUUAUUCACGCAAGUUCCAGGGAGGCAAAAAACGUACUGGAGGUAGCAGGAGAACUUGGUCUUACGGGAAAAGAUUACAUCUGGAUCAUGUCUUCUUUCUGCAUAGGAGUUCUGAGGAAUCCAAAUGCACCCCGCGUGUAUCCGCUCGGCAGCUUAGGUAUUACAUAUUCAGGUAUAUCAAAGGAUGGAUUUGAAGACCAGCUGAUAGAAAAUGCACUGAAAACGUCGGUGAGAGUAUGGGUCGAAGCUCUCAAGAAAAUCUACAAUUACAAAGAUCAAUACAAAAUAUCGCCCAAUUUUUCCUGCCAAUCUCAACGACCUCUUCAACAAUGGAGGGCUGGAGAGAAGUUCUAUCGACUGAUGAGAGACGUCCGUGUGGAGAGACCUACUGCAGUACAGUUCAGUGAGAACGGGGUGAACCAGCUUGUUAGACUGAGAAUCGUCAAUAUCCAACGGCAGACAAAGAAAUACGUCACCAGGAAAGUCUGGAAAGAGGUAGGAGGAUGGGUGCCUGUGAAAUCAAACAUCACUCACAAGUCAGAAAUGCGCGUGGAAAUGACUGGAAUCACGUGGCCAGGAAAUACGGUGCUGCCCCCUCUGGGGAAACCUGAAAAACGCUUUAUGAGGAUCGCUACUUUAAAAGAAAAGCCAUAUGUGUUCUACGUUGACAGAGAUGCUAAUGGGAAAUGUGUGCCGCCAGCGGUUCCAUGUCGAGUGAUGAAGGAAAAAAUUGUAUUUGCCAACGACAGCUUCCGUCAGAAUCAAACAGUCCCCCGAUGCUGUGCUGGACUGUGCAUCGAUAUCCUAUCAAUUCUAAGCUCCAAGAUGCAGUUUGAUUACGAACUUUACGAAGUUCCAGACCGAACAUGGGGGCUCCCGGAUCAGAAAACGGGAGAAUGGAAUGGAUUAAUCAAACAAAUCCAAGAUAAUAUGGCGGAUAUGGUGCUGACGUCAUUAAAAAUUACUCCGAAAAGAAGUGAGGCUGUCGAUUUCUCUAUCCCCUUUCUAGAGACAGGAAUCACUAUCAUAGUAUCCAUUAGAAAAGGGAACAUUUCACCGACUGCAUUCCUAGAGCCGUAUGAUUAUCCGUCGUGGUGUUUCAUUCUGGUCUUCAGUGUGCACGCUACUGGAGCCGCCAUCUUUAUUUAUGAAUGGUUGAGCCCCCGUGGACUGAACAGGGGCACCACUCCUUUGAGAGAACACAGGUUUUCUCUCUUCCGAUCCUUCUGGUUGAUCUGGGCGAUGCUGUUCGGAGCCUCUGUAUCCACGGACAACCCCCGAGGGGUAUCGAGUAGAUUCCUCUCCAAUGUGUGGGCUCUGUUCGCAUUAGUCUUUCUAGCAUCAUACACAGCAAAUUUGGCGGCUUUCAUGAUCACGAAAGAUGAAUAUUACAACUUGUCUGGAAUUAAAGACUGGAGGCUUAGUAAUCCCUACUCCAUGAAACCUCCGUUCAAGUUUGCAACCAUACCCAACGGGAGUACCGAAGAAAACCUUCGCAAGAACCACUACAAUAUGUUCAAGUACAUGCAGAGGUAUAAUCGGCCGACAGUGGACAACGCUCUCCGUGCUCUUAAACAAGGGAAGAUCCAGGCCUUUAUUUACGAUGCCACUCCUCUGGAGUUCCAUGCCGGAAAUGACGAUAACUGCGAGUUAAAAACCGUGGGAGAAAAGUAUGCGAUGACGGGGUACGGUAUAGCCGUCCCGCAGAAAACAACUUACCUGGAAGAAAUCAAUGAUGUCAUCCUUGAACUUCAAGAAAACGGUGAACUGGAAAGGCUAAGGAGAUUUUGGUUGGCUGGUGCAUGUCACAUGAAGCGAAAACGAGGCCAAUCCAGUCACACCAUCGGCAUUCCAAAUUUUACCAGCGCCUUUAUUUUGCUAGCCUCUGGUGUACUAAUUGGUGGUCUAGUGUUGCUAGUGGAACAUUUGUAUUUCAAAUUUGGACGUCGAUGUCUUCGAAAAUACGACAAAAAUAUGUGUUGUGCACUAGUAAGCUUGAGUAUGGGGCAAUCCCUUACCUUUCAACAGUCAGUUAUGAAUGCCCUGGCCAGACAGAAACACCAUGACUGUAGGAAUCCUCGGUGUGAACUUUUACUCUGGAAGGAACGUCACAACCACGAUUUAUCUCAGCUAUACAUUAGUACACUCAAAGAUCAACUCAAGAGCUACGGGAUUACACCUGUAGAUGACCCGAUGAAUCAAUCCGAAUUAGGUGAUAGAUCGGUUAAACAGAAUGGAUAUCCAAACACAAGCGAAUUUCACCAUAGCAAUCCGCACAAAUAUAUAGAAAACAGACACGAGAGCGAUCAGUUAGACUAUUUUGACAGUACACCGGUCAGAUGGAAAAGGAAAUGUUUGAAACGAUCUCCAAGUUACACGAACGCAGUAGAUGUUGCGGUCUCCGAGACCCCAGAAAAACAUAAAGUGCGAUUUAAUGAGGGGAAAUUUUACUUUGGUGUUGACAACGACUCUUCGGACCAGGACUUGCUAUGAAUCUGUGUAGGAGCUAGGUGUCUUGUUUUCAUUUCGUUUUUGGCUUUAUUUUUGGUAAUAUCGAUAUGCUACAUGACAAGAGCUUUUGUCAAAUUGAAUGAUGUUUUUCUGAAUGUUAUGAAAUCUUUAAUGAAUUUAUUCUUCGAUUUCUGAUUUUCUUUCGGGUGAUCAUAAUUAGUACUCGUUAAGUCCUCAGUUUCACAUACACGGACUUCUAUAAGAUAAUUUGAAUACAACAAUAGCUGGUCAUUAGGUGAAAAAGACAAGUAUAUAUAAAAGUGAUAGUACGGCUCAUUUUGGUGAUUUUUUCUUUUACCCCGAUUCAUCUUAAUCCUUUCUAAUAUCAUAAAAAUGAUAUAUGAAUGAAAUUUAUCAACUUUGAAAUGACUGUAUGUUCAUCAAAAGUUACAUGCAACUUGGAGCCAGCUUAUAUAGCUGACUGAUUUUUGUCCAGAAAACAAAACUUUAGGGGACGUACAUGUAAUUUGAAGAUUGUAAUCGUUUUAAACUUGGAUAUGAUUGCACAGAAUUGUUAUUUGCAGUAAAUGACUUGUGCGAGUCAUAUGGACUCGUUUUAAUUCUUUAUGUUCUGUAUUACAAUGAAAUUUACAGUAUAUGUGGUUUCCAAUCAAAAUAAAAACUUUAUAACAUGAUUUUGCUAAGAAAAGUCACUUUUGUACAUAGUAAUUUUUAUACUGUUUAUGUCACCUGCCAGCACCGUGGCUGACUUCCCAAUUUCCAAGGCUACCCUGGUAGAUGUAUGGUAACCAAUGAUUAAGAGGAUCGUCGUCCUGCAUGUAGUAAUCGGGUAUUUGAUCUCCAUGUUAAAUGUAGCCCAUUCCUCAAUAGUAUUCGAAGAUUUCAUUAUUAUGACUUUGAAUCCAUCUUUAGUUGGUAUCAAUAUCCUUAUAAAUCUAACAUAACAAUAACAAGAAUUAGCCGGAAGUAGAUACUAUACCGUAUUUUUACAUAUUAUAGUUCAGAACUAACACUUAGGUUUUGAUUUGAAGGAAGACUUAGAUCAACCAAUUUCCACAUUUGAACUCAAUUAUGAGAUUAUAUUACUAACAUGUUAGAAGUGUGACACGAAUUUUGUGCAUUGUUCUGCGUUUUGAAUUGUUGCAGAGAAGAAAAUUACUAUUGUGCCAAAGUUCAAUAAAUCAUCUUCAUUUA